GCUCUCUUACCACAUGAGAGCUGUGGGAAAUUUUGCCAAAAAUUUUCACACUCAUACAAGAACGACGGACUUUUCUUAGUGAAACUUCCAUAUCCUCUAAACCUUUCGGGUCAAAUUUGUGGCUUUUGUUUUGGUUUGUUCCGUGCUUAACCGCCCUCCAGUGAUACCUCGCGAUGGAUCUGUCCAGUGACGUAUGGAAUCAGGUCACUUUGGAAGCGUCUCAACUGUAUUUCACCGAGGACGGCAAAAGCCCAUUCGCCAAUACGACCAUCGAAAAACUUCCGGAUAAGGUCGUCUUGCAUAUCUUUUCGUACCUCAGCCACCUAGAGAUAUGUCGCAUGGCAAUAGUCUGCCGUCGUUGGCGUACGAUCGCCUACGACACCAAACUGUGGAAGAACGUUUCUCUGCGUCCAGAAGUGUCCGGUCUACACGUAGGCUCAUUAGAGCAGUUGCUUCAGAUGAUCUCGGUACGCUUCGGUGCAUCACUUCGUUACAUCGAGCUGCCAAUUGAGCUUAUCACGCAUACCGUACUUCAUGAACUAUCCAGCAAAUGUCCCAAUUUGACCCAUAUGCUUCUGGAUUUCUCCACUGCUAUGCAGCUACACGAUUUCAGCGAGAUGCAAGCCUUUCCAGCUAAGCUGCGCUACAUGUGCAUUUGCCUGUCGGAGGUAAUCUUCAUGGAGGGUUUCAUGCGCAAAAUUUACAACUUUAUCAACGGCCUUGAAGUCCUGCACUUGAUCGGAACCUAUGAAAAGUGCGAAGAAGAGGAAGAGGAAAUCUACGAAGUUAUCAACGUCCACAAGCUCAAAUCAGCUACUCCAAAUCUGCGCGUGAUCAACCUGUAUGGCAUCAAUUUCAUCGACGACUCACACAUUGACGCAUUCAGCUCGAAUUGUAUUCAACUGGAAUGCUUGGCUGUCAAUUAUUGCAGCAAAGUAACUGGUUCCACACUGAAGCCGCUACUCGCACGCUCCAAGCAACUUAAGUGCUUGCUUAUGAAUGGUACCGACCUCAAGUCGGAAUAUGUUAUGCAAGCCGAAUGGGACAAGUGCUCCGUCCAAGAACUAGACAUUUCCGGAACAGAUUUAUCCACGGAAUGCCUCAUUGAUGUACUGACUCGUAUUCCUACCUUGCGCUUUUUGAGUGCUGGACAAAUCAAUGGAUUCAACGAUUCUGUUCUUAAGGCCUGGGCCGAAGGUGGUAAUCCGAAGACCUUACUCGCUCUGGACAUUGAUUCGUCGGAUAACAUCUCUGAUGAAGCAUUGGGAAGAUUCAUUACCCGCUAUGGCGCACAGUUACAAGCUUGUGUGCUAUCUGGAAUGACACACAUUACCGAUCAGCUGUGGAUGACGAUUCUGCCGAUUUUGGUCAACGUGAAGAUUAUCGUGAUGGGAACCACCGAAAGACUGGGAGGUAAUAUUCACGUUGAUCAGCUAAUGGAUACAAUUGGAUCGUCUUGCCCCGCACUGGAGCGAUUGGAGCUGCGAUGGGAUCCAGAGAACUUGCGUUUCUCUGAUAAGAGCCAGAAAGCCAUUGAUAUGCUGCGCGUGAAGUGUCCGAAGCUGCGAGGCUUGGUUUUGAGCGACGGUCGUUACUACGAAACAGUAAAGGCCAACUUUGAACGUGCGGAUCGUACAACGGUCGUCCGAACUACAACCAGCUGUCGCGUGUCGGCCUACCAUGUGCUCAGCAACUACAACGAUUUGAUUUUCAAUUGAACAAAAUCCCACUUACCGAACGGUUCACUGUUGUGUUAGCUAUUAUUUAUGUAUAUAAUCUUAAACGUGUUUUUUGUCACUAGCGUUGGGAGCAUUAAACUAUGAAACGAACUUAACUCAAUGCAUCGGUGAAAUGUAACAGGAAACAGAAGGAGGUGUAUUUUAUGAUAUUUUGAAAGAAUAAUGUAUCAAAUAAAAGACGGAGUGUUUAUCGA